UUUGAGAUUAAUUAGAAGCCAAAUACUUUCAUAAACAUUUUCAAGAAUAACAAGAAAAGCUUGAAAAGAUCGAGCUAUCAUGGUCAGAUCAGAACUAGGAAGAAGGAGAUUUUUAUCUCGAGCUGAAAUGGCGCCGGCGUCAAUGAUUUCUCGCCGGAGCUGUUCAAUGUCUCCGACACUAGAGACCAUAUUUGAAGAAAGGUCCGAUGAUUUUAACCAUCAAGAUUAUUAUUCAAAAGUCGUUGUGAGCCAACGACACCGUCUCUUCCUUAUCGUUCCGGCGAUUAUAUCGGCCGUGUCUUGUGUUUUGUUGUAUAGACAUGAUCGUGUUGUUCGAUUUUCUUGAACAUGUUACAUACCUAUGCACAAGUAUUUCAAUGUAAUUUAUGUAUAAGCAGCAGGUAAAUGUAAAAGCAGCAGGGUUUCUUAUAUAUAAUCUUAUGUCUC